CUCGCCCUAAUCAACAAAACUACGAAAUUGAAACUCUCCUUGCCCUCUCGAAAGUCUCGUAGAUCUAUUCGUAAAUCCAGCUGUCAGCGAUCGUGCCAUUAUCGUGAAAAAGAGUCGGAAAAUGCUGAACGAAGCGGUCACGAUAAAUCCUUCAGAAAAAGUGGAAGAUCGUCCAUCAUCUAAUAGUUCAAGAAAAUCUGCAGCAUUUAAUACUGGAAAUAAAACCCACAAGAGUAAAAUUCCAACAACCCUGGUUGGGCGAAAUGCUAUGCAAGGCGAUUCCCUAAUGUGUGAAGAGUCUUCUAGUGGUAUUAGCUCCAAUAAUAUCUCCGCUCGUCGACCAAGCAUGACUUUGAAUAUGUUGUCUAAUAGGAAACCAACGACUGCAAUUUCCGCGGAAAAACGACACUUGGAGAUCCAAUAUAGCGCAAAAAAAAUGCGAUACACUAAUUUAAAAAAAACGCUCGCCGAAAAGCAGAAAAUCACGCAGGAUUUGUACGAUGAGAUAUCGAAUCUACGGGAAAAGAUAAUCACGGCCGGCGGCAAGGAUCCUGGCAAGAUCGAAGAGCCAAAGUCAUUUCAAGUGGAAUGUCUUAAGCAAAGUCCGUCAAUCGAGACAAACUUGCAUGAUUACGGACAAUGGGAGCAGAUCUGUAUGGAUGAGUCGACGGUGAUGGGAGUGUCGUUGUUGCAAAAUCAGCUGGAGGAUCUCUGCGACCGCUCUCAAGAGCUUUGUCAACGUGCCCUGGACAGAAGCUCGUCGUUUGUCUCCCUCGUUAAGUCCUGGCUAACAGAAUCACGUAAACAGGACGAGAUGGGUAAAGUGUCGAUUUUAGUGGAUUAUUCAGAAGCAGAAAUGCAGCAGACGAACCUCGUACAGAGCAACGAAGAGCUAAAGACGCAACUGGAUGAACUGAAAGCGGCCCAGAAGGACUUUAUCACUGAAUUUGCAACGAGAUCUUCGAACUUGCGCAUUGAAUAUGACAAUUAUCUCAGUCGCAUGAAGAAGGAGCAACAAAAUGUCGAGCGCAAGGAUUUGCAAGAGCAGCUGAACAUCGCUUUGCAGGAACUCAAGGCGGAACGUGACAAGGCGAGUCAAGGCAAAGAAAGGAUGCGAAUGAUAGACUUGCAGAUGCAAAAAGCAAAAACGAGAAUUCGUGACCUGGAGGUACAUGUGACUAACGAGGAGCUAAAGUCGCAGCAAUUGCAGAACGGCAUGAAGACCUUGGAGGCUCAAUUAAAGCAGAAGGAUCAGUCAAUGGAAUUAAGGAUGAAGGAUAUGAACAAGGCAAUGAAAAGCAGCGAGGAUCUUAUAGCGAAGAUGGAGAAGCAACGCGACAAUUUCGAAUCACGAAUGUUAGAACUCAAACAAAGGAUGGUUCGCAAGGAAGCUGAAGCAAAUGGUACUAUUAAGGAAUUAUCAGAAAAGUUCGAAGCGAUCAAUGAGGAAAUCAAUGAAGAAAGAGAAAAGAGACAGCAAGCCGAGAAUGCUCUAACAGAAAUCGAAGAACGUUGCAAACAUCUCGAAGAGAAGAGUCAGUUGCUCUGCGACCUCGCGAGUGAAAAAAGCAAUAAUUUAGUUGUGACAGAUAACAAUCACACGGAGAACGAAAUUUGUCUGUACAAUGAUUUGACAGCUGCCCGAGCCCAGUUGGAACAGCAAAGGGAAAAGAUCGAGCAACUAGAGAGGGAAAAGCAAGAGAUUGUCACCGUGAUGUAUCAGGCAGCCAGUGAUAACGAAGACGAGACGAAAGAUAAACUAGCUGCCGAACUCAUAGCCAAGACCAAUGAUCUCCAGAAUCUGAUGUUAGAACAUGCUCAGCUGCAAAAUAUCGCCAGAUUCACGCAAGAAAGAAAUGAAAUGCUAGAGAAUCAAUUAGCCGAAGUUCAGCGUCAUCUUUACGCAAAGUCGAAGGAGGGUGGCAAAACGGGAUUCGACACGAUCGAGCUUCAGCAGCAGAUCAGCGAUUUGCGAAAUAGUUUAGCCGAGGCUAUGCAACAGAAUCAAGAACUGGAAACCACUCUGACUCAGAAACAGCUGGAGCUGGAACAACGCGAUCGGGUGAUGCGGGAGCAAAGCAAAUUCCUCAAAGCCAGGGAUGAGUUGUUGAGUCUUCUUAAGGGAAAGCAAACGAACGCGAAUAAUCUUGUCAACGAAAAUUAUGAAGAUAUUGAUGAAAUCAAUAAACAGAUUGCUGCGAAGACUGAAGCAAUUCAAGAACUAUAUACCACGUUGGAAAGUAAGCAGAUGCAAGUGAUGCGACUGGAGAAGUUGGUCAAGCUAUUGGAGGAUCAGCAGGAUCGAGCGCAGGCACAACGCACGCGGUUGGAGCAUCGCAUCGCUCAACUAGAAGUGAGCUUACGAGAGAAGAAUAAUAACAAUCGGACUAAAACCUUUGGCAUCCUAUAAGAAACUCUGUAAUCGUCGACAAAUUCUAUAAGUAUCAAUCUACAAGUCAUAUUAGAUUUAACAAAUUAUUUACAUUAGACAUGCUUACAUGUCUAAUGGAUAUACAAUGAGGUACUUAAAAUUAUAUAUGAAUUUAAA